AUGGGGUGCUGGUCCCAAAAACUGUAUGACUCCGCGGGUGCCAUUCCGGAGCAUAAUGAGUUCCUUUUUCCAGAAUAUGAAAUUUUAAUAGAACCCGAGGAGCCGGAAUGUCCCGCUGACAGCAGUGUGGAUCAUGAUGAGGAAGGAGGAGCUGUGGAGACAUCAGAGGACCCGGAAGAGCAAGAGGAGCUCAGAGCUACAGGUGAAGCACUUCAGUCCUUGGAUGAAGAGACAUUGGAAGCAAUGGCAAAACACGAGACCGCAGAAGACAAGAUCUUCCGCUUGUUCAAAGAGCGAGUAGCUGCCGAACCAGAGCAGAUUAUCAGAUACUGCAGAGGAGGAGAAGGCCCGAUCUGGGUGUCAGGUGAAAAUAUUCCCGAAGAAAAUGAUAUUCCAAAUUGUUUAUGUGGUGCCAAAAGGAUUUUUGAAUUCCAGAUUAUGCCACAGCUCCUGAACCACCUUCAGGUUGACAGCCUCGGGGAGAGCAUCGACUGGGGAACGCUGGUGGUGUACACGUGCGCCGACAGCUGCGGCGAGGGCAGCGAGUACCUGGAGGAGUUCAUAUGGAAACAAGACUUCUCUGCAAGCUCUAUCCGAAUCGCCUAA